AUAAAAUACUAACAAUCAUUCGCAUGGAAAUAUGUUAAUCUAUAAAUAAAUGAUUUUUUAUUUAACCAUUUAUUUAUCGAUUGUCGAUGAUCUAUAAAUAAAUGUAUAGAUCUAUAAAUGAGUCCAAAGAAAACGCAGCUUUAAAGACACUCGGAGUUUGGCUUUUCAAAGUUCGAUCAGGAUCAGAAUGGACUAGAUUUCCUGUCUCUGACCCGGUUCCUGUGGGUGUUCUCUCUGCAGCGUGGAUCGGGACGCCGACCGGGUCCCGGCUCAGAUCAGCAACUCGGUCCGGUCUGCGCCCAGACGGUUCUGAGGAGGAAGCCGUGUCCCAGCGACCCAAACAAAUUCGUGGUCUGGAAGGAGCUGAUGGCGGUUCCGGUGGGCAGCACCUGCGUGAGGCCCAGUUACUCCCAGUAACGGCCGUGAAGACCCGCUGCAGGUCCAGAAACACCCGACGGAACAAGGGAAUCCAGAGGAGGAAGAGAAACCGCUGCUUUCUGAGAACAGCUGCUGCUGAACAUAUAAACGGAGCCGGCCGGACCGGUCCAGCACACUUCCAGAACCUCCAGAACCAUGAAGAUCCAGCUGAGCCUCUGCCUCCUGGCUCUCCUCUGCUCCCUGUGGUCCAGCUCUGCAGCUCCAGUCGGUCCGGGCGUGAUAUCUGGUGCCUGUUGCCAAGGCAACAGCAACACGACGAUUCCCAGAGGGAAAGUGAAGGAGCUGCAGAACUCUCCGAUUCACUGCAAAGUCAAAUCUGUCAUAGUCACCACUGAGAGCAACAAGAAGUUCUGCCUGGAUCCCGCCUGGACCUGGACCCAGACACUGCAGAGAGAGUUUGGGAAAGAAAAACGGCUCCACUGAGAUCUGGAUCUGGGUCGGAACCGAGUCUUCUGGAGCGGGAAGAACCAUUUAGAUGUUUUAACGACACACUGGACGUGUCGCUGAUAGUUCUCCAUUUUUACUGUUAAUUUAUGAUUUGAAUGAAACUCUGAGUCGUUUUUCAGUUUGUCUGAUGGAGAAUGUAACAUUUAGUAACAGUUAUUUUUUAUGACAGCCGACGAGUCAACUUGUUCUCAACUUGAAUUUAAGGUUUUUAAUGAAACUUUGGUUUCUUGUUUUUCAGUUUGUCUGCUAGUUAAACAUGUUCAACAUUUAUUUUGAAACAAAAUAUUUACCUUGCUAACAAAAUCUAUUUUUGUUAUGACAAGGUAGUAACCAAGUUAAUGCUGUUUAUUUUGAAUGUUUAUUUUUCUUUACACAACGUUCUCAACUAUAAGUGAUAAUUUAUUAUUUUAGAGAAACUUUGGCUUCUUUUUGCUUUUGGUUUCAGUUCAUCAGCUGAAAACAUGUUGCUGGAAAACUCUACUCACUCCUUUCACAAUAAAAGUUUUAAUUUUCUAUUCAUUGUUCUGUCAGUGACGACUCCCAAGUUUUCUGUCCGAUUCCUUUUUCUAGAUGUAAACAUAAGAAACUGUUGUUCAUCCAUUUCUAAGCAGAUGAUUUCUGAGCCUUUAAAGUUU